GAGACUUUGAGCAUCGAGCAGCAUCGUAGGGCUGAAAAGUGAAUUGAAAUUUCAAUUGUUAUUUAAAAUUCUAGUUGAAAAUCUGAAUUUUCAAAUUACAUUUCACUUAUUGAACCAUAUUUUCUUAACUCUGAAACAGUCCACUUGUGCGGAAAAGUAAAAAAGGCACCGCAGAUGAGGACAUGAAGAUGGAAUCGUGCAGUUGCACCCAGUUCAGGAAGCACACAAAGUGGAGAGCCGGCUGCUUUCAAUGAACAGUACGCUCGCCUGAUUUGCAAUGCCGUCGGGAUACUUGGGCGAUGGCUACGAAGGGGGCAGCGUAUUCGACGCGUCCGACGUGACCCCGCUGCACCCCGAGGCGGCAGCGCACUUUUCGCCGCGGGCCAGGAAAAGCAGAGCUGCCCACCACCAGUGGCACCAUGUCUGCUGGUACAGACUGGUGCAGAGGUGCCGCUGCUUCACCAUCAAACGUUUCCUCUGCAUAUUGCUGGUGCUCAUCCUCAUGUCCGUUACCUACAACAUGAUCAUCUUUUGUUACGACAACUCUGUGCUGCCCAGUUUCUCUAAGAGACAGACACGCCUAGAGCCGCUGAUCAUGACAUGCAGUGCCCUGACCGAGACAAAAAAGAGCUUCAACAAGCAGCUGGACCAUCGGUCUGCAGCCAGACUGAGGAUUGACCCCAAAGUGCUCCUUUUUGUUGAGACCAUGUACUCACGUCUCGGCAAAGACAUUGCCGAGCUGUUGGUCCACAAUAGAAUAAAGUACAAGUUGGAAGUGGUUGGGAGGUCGUUGCCCGUGUUGACAAACCUGGACAAGGGCAAGUUUGGAGUGAUUGUGUUCGAAAACCUGACGAAGUACCUUACGAUGGACAAGUGGAAUCGAGAGCUUUUGGACAAGUACUGCAGAGAGUACAGUGUUGGAAUUGUGGGAUUCAAUCCGCCAAGUGAGGAGUCUCUGGUUGGAUCGCAGUUGAAAGGAUUUCCACUCUUUGUGCACACUAACAUGCGAUUGAAGGAUGCAACAUUGAACCCAGCGUCGAAUGUCCUGCGCAUGACGAGAUCAGGCGAGACGGCGUGGGGCAAAUUGCCAGGCGACGACUGGACGGUUUUUGCGCCAAACCACUCCACUUACGAGCCCUUGGAGUGGGCCUUGCCCAACCAUGACCUUCCCUCGCAUUUUGUAAAUGAAAAGGGUGCGUCUAAGUUGCUGACGACUGCAGUCCAGGACCACGGGACUUUUGACGGAAUCCAGAGGAUUUUCUUUGGCUCGGGGUUGCAGUUCUGGCUGCACAGACUGCUGCUCUUAGAUGCCCUAUCCUACUUGAGUCAAGGUCAGCUGAGUCUGGGACUAAAUAGGUACAUUCUCAUAGACGUGGACGACAUUUUUGUUGGAGAAAAGGGAACCAGGGUGCAGAGGGAGGAUGUGGAGGCUCUGCUUGCCUCUCAAAGAAGAAUGCAGGCCAUGAUUCCAGGGUUCAAAUUCAAUUUGGGAUUUUCUGGAAAGUACUUCCAUCAUGGCACUGAUGAGGAAAAUGCAGGAGAAGACUUGUUGAUGGAAAACGUUGAUGAGUUCUCUUGGUUCAGUCACAUGUGGAAUCACCAACAGCCACACUUAUACGACAAUCUCACCCACCUGGAAAUUGACAUGACCCUGAACAAGAAUUUUGCAAAGGAGCACAAAAUUCCAACUGACUCGGGGUACUCGGUGGCGCCUCACCAUGCAGGCGUCUACCCUGUGCAUGAACCUCUUUACGAGGCUUGGAAGAAAAUUUGGAACAUCAAAGUUACUUCGACGGAAGAGUAUCCGCAUCUAAGGCCUGCUCGUUUAAGGAGGGGGUUCAUUCACAGAGACAUUAUGGUUCUGCCGAGACAAACAUGUGGCCUGUUCACCCACACUAUUCUCAUUGAGAGGUACCCGGGUGGAAGAGAGAAAUUGGAGGAAACAAUUCAAGGAGGGGAACUUUUUCAAACAAUCAUUUACAACCCUAUCAAUAUUUUUAUGACGCACAUGUCCAAUUACGGAAACGAUCGCUUGGGGUUGUUCACCUUUGAGUCUGUUGUGAAAUUCAUUCAGUGCUGGACUAAUUUACGGUUGCUAAGUGCACCACCCAUUGAUCUAGGUGAAAAGUACUUUCAAAUGUUUCCUGAAGAGGAAGAUCCUAUCUGGGGGAAUCCUUGUGACGAUGCCAGGCACCAGAAAAUCUGGUCGAGGAACAAAACGUGUCAGCAGCUGCCUCGAUUCCUGGUCAUAGGGCCACAAAAAACUGGCACUACAGCGCUGUACACAUUUCUGUCAAUGCACCCAGAAAUAAGCAGCAAUUUUCCUAGCAUGGAUACUUUUGAGGAGAUUCAGUUUUUUAACGGAAAAAACUACUAUCGCGGCCUAGAUUGGUACAUGAGUUUUUUCCCUGUGCCGACCAACUCGAGUGCCCAAUUUUUAUUUGAGAAGAGUGCAACAUACUUUGACGGGGAACUGGUGCCGAGGAGGGCGCAUGCCCUGUUGCCGGAUGCAAAGCUGGUGACAAUUCUCAUCUCGCCUGCCAAGAGGGCCUACAGCUGGUACCAACACAUGAGGGCCCACAAGGACCCUGUGGCCCUCAACUACUCAUUCUACGAAGUCAUCACGGCCUCAGAGACUUCACCAAAGCCACUCAGAGAACUCAGAAACAGGUGCCUCCUGCCUGGCAAAUACUCGCAGCACUUGGAGCGGUGGCUCUCCCUCUACACCCCACAGCAGCUGCACAUCAUCGACGGGGAGCAGCUUCGAGUCAACCCUGUUGAGGUUAUGAACAAUGUUCAGAAAUUCCUGAAGGUCACUCCUCCGUUUGACUUUGCAAAGCACUUGAGAUAUGACCCGAAGAAAGGUUUCUUUUGCCAAGUUGUCAACGAAGAUCACACAAAGUGCCUGGGACGAAGUAAAGGUCGCCAAUAUGCUCAGAUGGAUGAGAGAUCUUUGAAACUGCUUCAGCGAUAUUAUCUGUCACACAACACAGCCCUAGUGAAACUGCUGAAAAGACUGGGUUUUCAAAACAUUCCUGAAUGGUUGAAGGCAGAUUUGAGUGACAACCUGGGCACUUGACAGCACGCCAAGGGCUACAGACGCGGCUCGUCGCUCUACAAGCGCCGCCGGCGCCAAAAACCCAAAAAUAGACAGAGAACGAACUUUGUCGAUGCACCCUGAUAUGUACUAGUCAGAUCAUCAAAAUCCUUAUUUGUAAGUCGAUAACUUAUUUGUAAGCUAAGAGCCCUGAUGGGAAGGGUCUGAAAACUUUAAUGUCCCUUUGGCUGCAAGAAAUUGUGCCAUAAUUAUCUUUUGUUUACAAUUCGACAAAGCAAUGUGGGCCUUUUACGUAGGGUAAGGUUUACAAGGGAAUGAUUUAAUUUUUAUAUGUGACAUGUGCUAUGGUUUUUCUACUUAAAAUGUAUUUUAUUUUAAAAACCUUCGCAAAAUUUUAUCCUCUGGCCCAGCUCUGGCCAUAAGUGGAAUAAAUAUUUAGUGUGGCCUUCUUUCGAUCACAUCUUUGAAGAUCAAGCAUUAAUUUUUAAAAUAUCCCUGACGGCUUCUUGAAUCUUUUUACAGGCACAGUUAAUAAUAAAUCUGAGGAAAAUAAUCUGAUGUGAUGUUUAGACCUUGUUGGUGAUGAAAAUCCGUCAAUUUUUUGCACAAUUAUGGCAAAUUCAUUAUGUGCAAAAUCCCUCCUGAACCAAUGAGUAGUUUAUGGCGAGGUAGGAAUUGGCACGACUGGAGAGAGGAGAUGGUUAUUGACAUAUCAGUUAGGAACUAGAGUUUUCAUUUCACAGUAGGCAUCACCUGCACCUAUUUGCUUCUCUCUCUCUAUUUUGAUAAACGCGCGCGGUCUUUAUUUUUUACAUACCAAUCGGUGAAAGCCAUCAAAUCAAACUUGAACAUUUCUCCCGUCAUAUAUGUAGUUAUAUACAUAAGUUUUAGUGGCACAAAAUGUGAUGUGAAUUAACGCUAUAUACAUAUUAAUGUACUGCUGUACCAGGUGAAUUUAUGCAUUUCUUUAUCGAUUAAUAGCCAUAUUAAUAUAUUAUUGUUUGAUGAUUUAAUUUUAAGCUGCGACCACUUGCAAAAUGCUUAAUUCAUAAUAAUCAUCCACGUACAGUACUUGACUGGUCAAAUCGAAAAUUUUAAACAUGUGUUAUUCGUGUUCAUUGUUAUAAAACUGAGGCAGCUCUUAAAUUUUGUAAAUGUAAUUUUUAAACUUGAUUCAGUGCGUGUUGCUGUGUCUCAACGCAAUAUUGAUUCCAAAAUGUGUUUUUGUCAAUAUUUAUCGAUUUUUGUCCAACUUUUAAAAAGAAUCAUCCUAUAAAUGCAGUUUUUUUU